GAGAGCAGGGAGAUUUGCAUGCGCAGAGACAGAGUUGAGCCCACAGAGGGCUGUAGCUCCUGCACACAAGCGCAGAGCAGGUUCUGUUUGUGCAGACUCAUUACUGUACGCUCAAGUUGGUGGCACUAAGUCACUCAAUGAACUGGCUGGCUCGUUAAUCACGUCACUUCAGGGGAGUUUUCCGACCAUUUAACUAUGGCGCGGCUUUUCAUUAUGGUUUGCGGCAUGUAAACAUGCUAGCGGAGUUAGCAUUAGCAUGUCGGUGCGGUAACAUUUUCCUCUCUCGUCUGAACUAUAACCUUGAAAUAUUAACGGAGUGCUGCUAUUGCUGUCUUACCCUAAUGUGAUGUUGAGUGACUUACAAGAGCGCUGAGCAGGGUUUGCUCAUCGAUAUAAAGGUUUUGCUGUAUAACCCCUGCCCCUGACUUGUCAACAAAGCUGCCGGGCUUAAGGGGAGGAAGUCCUUUCUUGAUACUUCCUGUGUGCGACGGUGUAGUUCUAUAUUCAUUAAUUAUUAUUUCUGUUUCAGACAAAAAAACAAAACUCAUGUACCAACUACACGUGUCGUGAUUGUGUUGAGCAUGUAGAUGUGAACAAAUAAAAAAAAGUUAACUGAAAAAAUAAAAUAAACCAAAAUGAUAGGGGGGCUUGUGAUUAUUUUAGGGGGGCUGAAGCCCCCCUAAAACGGACCUAACGACGGCAGCGCCAUCAGCUAUGCUUCUGUCAAAUAAUGCAGAAAAACCACCAUUAGACUGAUUAAUGACGUAUCACUCUGACCUCAAUGAGGAAACAAUCAACCUUAGAUUGGACAACAACCUAAACCCUGAAACAAUUGAGAAACAUGACUGCCUAUUGUUUUCCAUGUUGCCUUUUCAAACACCAGUGUUUUCCUGCGGCAAUACUCCUGACUUGAAUGAGUGAUCAACUGGCAUUUGAAGCCCUUGAUGUGCUCCCGAGCAGGCAAUACAAAUGGUUGAAUCAGGUGUGCUAAAGCAGAAACAUGGAAAGCAUGCAGGACAGGAUCCUGAGGACUGAGAUAACAACAGAAACACUAAAACCUGUCUGUUUCAGAUGACAGACAAACACAAAAGGAAUGAAUAUUAGAGUGAUAAAGUAUCAUUUUUAGCAUUGGAAUGCUGUUUUUGCUGUUUCUAGUGAGUAAACUCAUCACACUUUAUUAUACAACCCAUUUGAAGAAGGGAGGCUGGGAGGACACUGUGGAUGGCCUGUUGUUGAAUUGUUUCUCAGUCUGACCUGACAGGACUGACUUAUUUAUUCUGAGGUGUGCCGGUUUGGUCAGGGUUUAAAAGGUGCUGCUUCUGCUCAGGAGCUCAUUCUGGGAAACAAGGUUGAACCCACAAGCAGGUCAAAAUGAGGAUCCUUCUCACCUACUGUGGCCUUGUGUCGAUGCUUCUGCUGAACGUCUCAGUGGGAGCAGAUAUUCCUGAAGACUGCUCACAGAUUAGAAAACAGUCACAACGAGCACGCAGCGGUGUUUAUGACAUCCAGCCUGCUGGAGCCAGUGCUCCCUUUAAGGCGUACUGUGAGAUGCGAGUAGAUGGAGGCUGGACUGUGUUUCAGAUGCGCACUGGAGCAAGCUUGUCUUUUGACAAAGACUGGGCAGCAUAUAAAACUGGAUUUGGAAACCCAAUGAAGGACCACUGGCUCGGUCUGGAGAAGGUUUAUCUUCUGACUAAGGGCACAACCAAGAGGUGGACACUUAGAGUGGACCUGUGGGACUUUGAAGGUGGCAAUGCUUAUGCUGAGUACAAGAACUUUAAACUUGGAAAUGAGCAAUCAGCCUACAAACUGAAGGUUGGGGAAUACAGUGGAACCGCAGGUGAUGCCAUCCGUGGCGCCUAUCCAGGCAUUGACCAAAACGGUUAUGGCUUCAGUACCGUGGACCGGGACAAUGACGGCUGCUCACCGUGCAUCAUGUUUGGAGACAUUGCUAUAAUGGAUUGUGUCUCUAUAGACGGUGGUGGUUGGUGGUACAGCAAGUGUGGAUCUGCUAGUUUAAAUGGUGAAUGGCAUCCUAAUGGUCAAAACAUCGGAUGGGCUUCCGGCCUCCACUGGCUGACGUGGAGAGGUCCAGAUUCCUAUUCAGCCAAGUCCACCAGAAUGAUGAUCAAGUCUGAGUAAUGACUUAGUUUGAUAUUGAAUUGAGUUAUUUCUUUUUGUUUGUUUUUAAAGCCAAGUACAUCGUAGCACAGAAUCAGAGGUGUUUUGAGGCUAAAUUGUACUUUGUGAAGCACCAGCAAAAAUAAAACUUUUGGAAAUAUCCUCAA